GCAUGAGAGUGCGAUGUGAGAGUCGCUCACGUUGACUGAGAGCAGAUAUUGCACGCGUCUUGACGCGUACGCGCCUGUGGAAACGUUCGCUUCCAAGAACCAUGAUCAUGUCAUACGGCUCCUCCAGCAUGUACCACGACAUGGACGGCGACUUCAUGCGAAUGUUGCAGCUCUUGCACGAGCUGGGCGAGCAGAACACGCACAACCACAAAGUGGCGGCGGCGUUGCGUGCGCAGUCCGGGACUUUGAAGGAUGAGUCCGCACAUGCUGCGACGGGGUUCACCUUGCGGCGCGUGAACACGGACAUCUCGAAAGAGGCCUUCGAGUCAGAAGUGGAGCGCACGAACGCACAGAUCAUUAUCGAGAAUCACACGCUACUUCAAGAGAACAGGCAAUUGAGUCUGUUGCUCAAGGAGUACGAGCAGACAAUGGAGACUAUCAUGUCGAAAUUUCGCAGUCAUGCCCUGGCAGCACAACGCCAUGAGCUUACAUUGACACAUCACUACGAGAGCCUCAUCCUUGCCCGGGAGACAUCACUCAUGAACGCGGACCUAUCCGAUAACACCGCUGUAGCAGAUUCCUUGGCGCGGCUAUCAGAGAACCUCCGCGCUCUUUUCCGAAGUCUAGGAGGUGAACCCGACAACUCACAAUCUACUUCAGAGGGCACUCAGCACGAGGACAACGGGGACGCGCCCCACGAAGACGACUUCCUCGAAGACCUCCUCGGGCACGACGACUGGGCAAUCGAGCGUGAAAGCGAGAUCUCCCGUCUAGAGAAAGGGAACGAGGAGCUCCGCAAGGUACUCGGGAUCGACCGCACCUCCGCCGAGGCGAACGGCUGGCUGGAGGACGAAGCGCGCGAGAUGUCCACAUUCACUCGACGGCCAUCGACCUUCCGCCCUCAACGAGAAGAGAGCCCCGGACCCGGCCCUGAGACGAUCGCCGGCGCCCGCCCAACCGGAGGCACGUUUGAGCCGAUACCUCUCACUGGGCUUGGUGGGAGUGUUCUACUGAGCAAUCCUAUGCAGAGGUCAGAGUUUCAGCCGGGCAUGCGUGGGAUGCAGGGUCGGCGGCCGGCCAUGUUUGGUCAGCGGGGGCGCGGGGCGGGACCAUUGUGGGAUGCGGCGAACCAUCAGCUGAUGCAGGACAGACCAUGGCAGGCACAGAGUGGGUUGGAUUUGAGUCAGUGAUAGUAUAUGGUAACUUCGCG